CGUACAGCACAAAGCUGCACAGACUCCUACAUGUCGGGUGAGAGAACACCGAUCCCACAGUGCAAUCCAAACCAACUGUUCGCACGAUGAAGAAUCUCUUUCUCCUUGGGCUUGUCAGCUGCAUUAUUCUACCUGGACUGGUCCAUGGAGGUUUAUUGGGCAAAUCGCUAGUUUUCUCGACUCAAACCGACAGUAUUUACGUCAAGCUGCUGCCCAAUGAAUUCUCCCAGCUCUCGGCGUUCACCCUCUGCCUGAGGGUUGCCUCAGAGGAGAAGCGAGGCUACAGCCUGUUGUCCUAUGCCACAAAUGCUACGGACAAUGAGUUGCUGCUCUGGCAAGAGGGCGCAAAGCUGUCCCUGUACUUUGGCAGCGACUCAUUCCAUUUCGCCCUCCCGGUGAACGACGCUCUGCUGAGGCACAUCUGCGUGAGUUGGGACUCCUCAAACGGAUCCAUCACUUUCUGGAUCAAUGGAGUCCGGAGUUUUCGGAAAGUCGGGAAAAAAGAUGGGGUAGUCCGAGGCGGUGGUACGUUCAUCCUGGGUCAGGAACAGGACUUGGUGGAGGGCAAGUUUGAGAGCAAGCAGAGUUUGGUGGGAGAGCUGACAGAUGUCCACCUGUGGGACCAUGUCCUGUCAGCAAACGACAUCAAGGCGCUCAGUCAAGGGUGUCACAGCGCUGGGGGUAACAUCAUCAACUGGGACACAGUGCUAUACGAGAGCAGGGGGAAUGUGAAUGUGGAGGAUAAUCAUGAUUGUUGCUUCUAAAAAAAAACACAUUGGGACUUGAUUGAGGCACUCACCAUGCUGUCUCUCCUCCGGGCACUCCUGUAAUCAGGCACAAGUGCAGAAACACAAAUACACCCCAACACAUCCUCCUUAACACAACCCACGCCAGCACAGUGAAACAUGGGUAGAUACAGAAACGAAUGCACCACAAUAACAUGCAUGAACUAAUCUGUAGCUUAUGGAUGUGCGCAACAGUUGCAAAUAAUCAUGGACGCGUGUCAGAGGUUAGACUGCUGAGAGAGCCCCCUGAGUCAAAAUCUAUCCUGAAUUAUGAAUGUGCCUUCAUGUAAUUGCAAAUAAUUAAUCCCUAUAUAUCCCUCUGUGCUUUCAUGACUAUGUGCGAAUCAAGCAUUGAGCAAAUACACAAAAUAAACAGUUAUUCUUGCCAUUAAAUUGAUAAACUUGCAAUACAAAA